CGGACUAAAGUCAGAUCAUGUGACAGAAUGGAGGCGUCGCUGAAAACAUUCACCCGUUCACCACAUACACACAAUCGGGUACCAAUUUUAUAACAAACGGAUAAGGCGUCAAAGGUUUCUGCGCGCGUCAUUUUGUAACGUUUAUUUCAUUACAUCGCAAUGAAAUGAGGGGAACAUGGGGGCCAAGGAAUCGAGGAUAGGAUUCCUGUCGUAUGACGAGGCCGUCAGGAGAGUCACUGAUGUCGAACUGAAACGGCUGAAGGAUGCCUUUAAGAGAACCAGUGGCCUCACCUACUACAUGACCCAGCAAUGCUUCUACAGGGAAGUGCUGGGUGAUGGAGUUCCCCCUAAAGUGGCAGAGGUUAUCUACACCUCUUUUGGAGGCUCAUCUAAAGGGCUACACUUCAACAACCUGAUUGUGGGUUUGGUGCUUCUGACCAGAGGGCGAAAUGAAGAGAAGGCCAAGUACCUCUUCAGCUUGUUUGCCAAUGACUUGGGUGGAUAUGCUGCCAGGGAAGAUAUAGAAGCUGUUCUGCAGGUCCUGGAUGGGCAAGUUCCUCCGUCUCUCAACAAGUGCUUCGCCGAGGGCGACAAGGUAAACUAUGAGCGAUUCAGGACCUGGCUCCUGCAGAACAAAGAGGCUUUCACUUUGUCCAGGUGGCUUCUGUCUGGGGGCGUGUGUGUCACACUCACUGAUGACAGCGACACGCCAACCUUCUACCAGACGCUGGCUGGCGUCACACAUCUGGAGGAGUCGGACAUUAUAGACUUGGAGAAGCGCUACUGGCUGCUGAAAGCCCAGUCCAGGACCGGCCGCUUCGAUUUGGAGACCUUUGUUCCGCUGGUGUCUCCUCCCAUCCACGCCUCACUGAGUGAAGGCUUAUUUCAUGCCUUUGACGAGAAUCGGGACAAUCACAUCGACUUUAAGGAGAUCUCGUGUGGACUCUCUGCUUGCUGCAGAGGACCCAUUGCUGAAAGGCAGAAAUUUUGCUUUAAAGUGUUUGAUGUGGACCGGGAUGGGGUUCUGUCUCGAGAUGAGCUCCAUGAAAUGGUGGUGGCCCUGCUGGAGGUCUGGAAGGACAAUCGCACAGACCUGCUCCCUGAGCUGCACAGUAGCGUAUCAGACAUAGUGGAAGACAUCCUGAAGAUGCACGACACAACCAAGCUGGGACACCUGACACUGGAGGACUACCAGAUCUGGAGCGUGAAGAGUGCCUUGGCCAAUGAGUUCCUAAACCUGCUUUUCCAGGUUUGUCACAUAGUCCUGGGGCUCCGGCCAGCUACUCCUGAAGAGGAGGGACAAAUUAUCAGGGGUUGGUUGGAGCGAGAGAGCAGGCAUGGGCUCCAACAAGGCCAGAACUGGUUCCUCAUCUCCAUGCUGUGGUGGCAGCAGUGGAAGGACUACGUUAAAUAUGGCAGUCCCUGCUGUCUUCCUCUUCAGGAGCAUCACGGCAUCGUGGUGGAGCAGCCUUCCAUCCUGAGCUCACUACGAACUCCACUGGCCACAGUCAUCGUGGAGCCCACACAUCCAGACAGACUGGGAACCUUCAGCACAGCCAGCCCCACAGAGGAGAGGUCGCCUGAUGCUGUCUCCAGUGCCUCUGAGGCUACAGAGGCUGCUCUGAGCCCUCAGAUGGUUUCCUCUGCCUCAGAAAGCUGCUUUGCUCGACAGCACAACAUAUCAGACAACAACAACCAGUGUUUUUCUGGAGCCAAUGGCCAACUCGCCUCCCAGCUAGCAGCACAAAGACCUGGAGCGAUUGACAACCAGCCUCUGGUCACCACUGACCCCAUGAAGGCUCCCACUUUAACCAUGGAGGGGGCCAGACUGAAGCACACCUUGCAGCUUGUGCCUGAUCGAGACUUUGAGACGGUGCCGGAGCCCGUGUGGCGGGCACUCUACCACUGGUAUGGUGCUAACCUCAGCCUGCCACGACCGGUCAUCCUGGAGAGCAAGACAGGCCAGGCAGAGCUGGAGCUCUUUCCCCGCUACCUCCUAUUCCUGCGACAGCAGCAAGCAACGCGUUCUCCCCAGUCCAACAUCUGGGUCAAUAUGGGUAUGACCAGCCUGCGAAUGUUCCCACCGUAUUUAAACCCACCAAGAGGCAACGUGCCGUCCCCCAACGCUCCUCUGAAGAGGGUGCUGGCCUACACGGGCUGCUUCAGCCGCAUGGCCACCAUCAAGGACGUCCACUUGUAUCUGUCCCAGAGGCUUCGCAUCAAGGAGGAGGACAUGAGACUCUGGCUCUACAACAGUGAGAACUACCUCACCCUCCUGGAUGAUGAAGACCACACACUGGAAAGUCUGAAGAUACACGAUGAGCAGCAGCUGGUUAUUGAAGUCAGAAACAAAGACAUGAGCUGGCCUGAAGAAAUGUCUUUCAUUGCUAACAGUAGUAAGAUGGACAGACACAAAGUUCCUACAGAGAAAGGAGCCACUGGCCUCAGUAACCUUGGUAACACCUGUUUCAUGAACUCCAGUAUUCAGUGUGUGAGCAACACCAAGCCUCUCACAGACUACUUCAUCUCAGGGAAACAUCUCUAUGAACUCAACAGAACCAACCCCAUCGGGAUGCGAGGGCACAUGGCCAAGUGUUACGGUGACCUGGUGAUGGAGCUGUGGAGCGGCACACAGAAGAACGUGGCUCCGCUCAAACUCAGGUGGACAAUAGCGAAGUAUGCCCCCCGCUUUAAUGGCUUCCAGCAGCAGGACUCCCAGGAGCUGCUAGCGUUCCUGCUGGAUGGCCUUCAUGAAGAUCUGAACAGAGUUCAUGAGAAACCCUACGUGGAGCUGAAGGACAGUGAUGGCCGGCCGGACUGGGAGGUGGCCUCUGAGGCAUGGGAGAACCACCUGCGCAGGAACCGCUCCAUAGUGGUGGAUCUUUUCCAUGGCCAGCUCAAGUCCCAGGUGAAGUGUAAGACCUGCGGCCACAUCAGCGCUCGCUUUGACCCUUUCAAUUUCUUGUCUCUUCCCUUGCCCAUGGACAGCUCCAUGCACCUUGAGAUCACAGUCAUUAAGUUGGAUGGAUCCACACCUGUGCGUUAUGGCCUGAGGUUGAACAUGGAUGAGAAGUACACAGGGCUGAAGAAACAGCUGAGUGAACUGUGCAGCCUGACACCUGAGCAGAUCUUGUUGACUGAGGUCCACAGCUCCAACAUUAAGAACUUUCCUCAAGACAACCAGAAGGUCCGGCUGUCUGUUAACGGCUUCCUGUGCGCAUUUGAGGUCCCGGUGCCGGGUUCACCCACCUCAGUCAGUUCACCCACGCCAACAGAUGUGACUCCAGUAGCCAAUGGCUCAGUUGCUAAUGGACACCUGGGUAAUAAACCCCUACUCAUCCCAAACGGUGGACCCAGCACCGUAGUGCCCUGCAGCCCUGACACACCCUUGGCCAACGGUGUGGUCAAUGGGCACAUCACGCCUGUGCAGGAGAGCCCCUUCAUUGGCUACAUCAUAGCCAUGCAUAGGAAAAUGAUGCGUACAGAGUUGUACUUCCUGUCCUCCCAGAAGAACCGUCCCAGUCUGUUCGGCAUGCCCCUUAUUGUUCCUUGCACUGUCCACACCAGUAAAAAAGACCUGUAUGAUGCCGUUUGGGUCCAAGUGUCUCGGCUGGCCAGUCCGCUGCCCCCCCAGGAAGCCAGCAACCAUGCCCAGGACUGCGACGACAGUAUGGGCUACCAGUACCCCUUCACUCUACGUGUGGUGGGAAAGGAUGGCAACUCAUGUGCCUGGUGUCCCUGGUACAGGUUCUGUCGAGGCUGUACUAUAGAGUGCACAGAGGACAGAGCCUCUGUGGGAAAUGCUUAUAUAGCUGUGGACUGGGACCCGACUGCCCUGCAUCUCCGCUACCAGACCUCACAGGAGAGGAUUGUGGAGGAACACUGUAGCGUGGACCAGUCCCGCAGGGCCCAGGCUGAGCCCAUCAGCCUGGAAAGCUGUCUGAAAGCCUUCACCAGUGAGGAGGAGCUGGGGGAGGAUGAGCUCUACUACUGCUCCAAGUGUAAAACCCACCGGCUGGCCACCAAGAAGCUGGACCUCUGGAGGCUGCCGCCCAUUCUGAUUGUCCACCUCAAGCGCUUUCAGUUUGUUAAUGGUCGCUGGAUCAAAUCCCAGAAGAUUGUCAAGUUUCCACGAGAGAGUUUUGACCCCAGCGCCUUCCUGGCUCCACGGGACCUGGAGCAACAUUGCCUCCACUCCCGCAGUGAAAGCGAGGACCUCCUGAGGGUGGGUGAAGACAACCUGUCCUCCAUCUCUGCCCCCGCUGGCUUCUGCAACCUCCCCAAAGUAGCUUCCCCUGCCUCUAGCAGGAAGUCUGCACCUUCCCUCAGCCGAGCCAGCAGUCCGUCCAGCAGCCCCAAGACUGCCAGCGGAGGCCGCAGAGCAGGUCGGCUACGCCUUCCUCAGCUAGGCAGCAGACACCGCCUCUCCAACAGCAAGGAGAACCUGGAGACAGCUGCUACUCCUGAGGCUGAUGCCCGGGACACGACCCCACAGGCUGACCAUGAAGGCAGUGCAGCAGGCCUGUUGAAGUCGGGAGAGGGCAUCGCAUCGGAGUCGUCCGGUGCCACGGAGGCAUCCAGCAGCCACUGUGAUGUGGUGCUGCUGAACGGCGACACCAACGGCCUGAGCUCAGACUGUAGCACUGAGAGCACCAUGGACCCUGACAUUUCAACGAUGCAGCACAGAGACGUCUGUCUAGAUGCCAUCUACAACCUCUAUGCAAUAUCAUGCCAUUCAGGAAUCAUGGGAGGAGGCCACUAUGUAACAUACGCCGAAAACCCCAACAAAAAAUGGUACUGCUAUAAUGACAGCAGCUGUAAGGAAGUACAGUCUGAGGAGAUCGACACAGACUCUGCCUACAUCUUGUUCUAUGAGCAGAAGGGGGUCGAGUACUCCCAGUUCCUGCCAAAGAUUGAUGGCAAGAAGAUGGCGGACACCAGCAGUAUGGAUGAAGACUUUGAGUCCGACUACAAGAAAUACUGUGUCCUGCAGUGAUGGCCCCUCGUCUUCCGUUCAGCCAGCACUACACCUGCUCUUGGCUCUUUCUGCUGCUGUGAGGAUGCGGCGGACAUGGAGUCAGACUGCCUGCAUUGCAGCACUUCUCUACUUGGACUCGAGGCAAAACUUUUGCCCUGGUCAAAGCACUAAACUGGUGCACUUUGAUGAGCCUAGAAAAACAAGCCCCUCCCCCAACAACCCCCGCCAUCACACAUGUAACAUAUAUCGGCACAGUGGCGCAUCUCAGAAUGUAUGUGGUGAAGGCCAAGUGAUGAAUUGAUGCUGUUCUGUUGUUGUGCAUUCAUCACCUGUGAUGUCUCGAUGGGAAAGCCCAUUUACACCUGGAGUGAAGGCGUUGUCUGAAUCUGAGGGCGUAAUCCAGGUGCAAAUGCAAAACAUGGAAGCUGACUGAGUUUUAUUUUUCUGGUGGAAAAGCGAGUUAGGUUUUAUGUUGAAUGCCGCAGGUUGCUGCCACGUUGAGCUGGACAGUAUCUGCAGCAGCGGACACUGUGGUGAGCUUUUAACCAAGCUUCAAGGCUUUUAUUAGUGUCAUUAAGGAAACACGUCAUUGCUACCUCAUCGCUCCCUGCAGUCUGUUGCCUAACCCCUCCCUAACGUCUGACAGUAUUAAGAAGAUUUCAAUGCUUCACUUAUGUGUUGGAGACAAGGUACUUGCCCAAAAAUGAUGUCCAUAAAAGUAGGUGUUUGCCAAAACUCUGUUUCCUCCUGCAGCAGCCAAAUAUCUGUGGUGUUCGUGCAAUGUUGACUUCCUGUAAACUCAUCUUGAGUAUAAUCUGUAGGACAGUGCCAUGUCAGGUAAACGCAGCAGGGUGGGCUUUUAUUCUAAGAAUAUUUUAUUGUUGGUUUGUUUUUUAAGCUGUGAGCCACUUCAGGUCAGAUACCUCACAGGUACAUGUGACGUUCACAGCGCUGCCACAGCGUUGACCUGCUGCAUGUAUGGCCUCUACAGGAGGAACCCAGCUGCCGUGGGCCCGCGGUCCCCGCAGCCACAUCUACUGCUUUAACACUACUGGAGUCCUGGACACCAGGACACAUACCGCUCAAACAGAUUGUCCACUUUGCCCCCAUGCCCUUUAUUUGCCAACAUUUCAGUCAGAUUACACUUUUUAAUCUUUGUUCACUGUGAGCAGUGCAUGUAUGUGACAUGAACUAAAGGAUGAUCAUUGCCAGAAGUCAUGUUUUUUUUUUACUGAAAGCUCAUUUUGAAGACGCCACUUGUCAUCUUUUUGGAAACUGAGCCUAUUCCUUGAUGCUCGUUCAGUGACCUGCAGACCAGUGUAGUCACCUUAGAUGAUUAGAGCCUGGUUGUGUCUGACAACAAGUAGGUGGGGGAAGGGUCUGAACGGUGAAGUUAAAGCCCAAAGCAAAAAUGCAAAAUGUAGCACAGUCCAGUCCAGGUGGCGGCAGGAAACGGAUCAGAAGCAGGAAUGAGCAGAGAUGUUUCCUGCUGGUAGACUUUGGCUGGAUUUCAGAAUUGUUGCUUCUCUAUUUAAGCUCCAGAAAACAGCAGUAACAUGUGACCCACCAUGUUUGUGCUGCUCUGUGAAGCUUCACUUCAGUGUUGGUCACCAACACCUGGCUCAGAAUACAGACGUGUUCGGUUCAUUGAUUCCCUGCUAAAUUCACAGCACAGUUGUAAUAACUGCCUCAGAACAAUUUGUUUUCCAUGUGAUUCCUUGAUUCUUCCAUUGGAAAAAAAGUCCUAUUGCUAUAAUAUAGCAUGACUGUUUCUCUGCCUGACUGAAGCCAGUGUUUAAACAGGCUUGUUUUCUGUUGUGCUAGGUCUGAAUAUUGGUUCUGCUCUAUUUGGUUGUGUAGAGCCCAACAGCUGAUCUCAGUCCGAACACUGAGCGGACGGCGGGCCCUGAUGGUCACUGCGUUGGUUUUCAGGUGGCAGGUCGACCAGUGUUUUAGCUGCUGUGAUACAGGGAGAUCACUGUGGUUCUGGGUUUGUUCAGGAUGAAGCUGUGUGUGGAAACGGAUGCGUGUCAGUAGAUGGUUCCUCCCCCACGUUGGCACAGAGCUGUAGUUUAUGUCUGUGUUCGUUACUGUACGGCUCAAAGGGAAUUUUAAUUUGUUGAGUGUCCAGUUUGAUGUUUGCUUCAUGUAAAGGUGCAAUAACUGUGGACUUGUGGCUGUGAAUGUGCCCUCGGACGCGUGUGAUGCUGCUGCAGAGCUCACCACACCUGUAGCUUUACUGUAUUAGCAAAAAGAAUCAGAGGUUUCCUGCCCACGGACCUGAGCUCUGAUGCUGAAACUCAUUCAAAAAAAAAGACAGAGGGCUAAUAACCCCCCCAAACACGCACCCAACCCCCCCAGAGGAAGAGUUCAGUGCAAUCGACUACUGAGCUGUCUGUCAGUGACUGUAGCCUAUUUUUUUUUUUUUUUAAUCAACAUUAAUUUAAAGAUGUUUUUUUUGUAAAGUGUUAGCUGAAAGAACGUGACAUUGCACUGACAUGAAACCAUGUACAUGUACAUAAAUUGUGUUUGUAAAUAAGCCAAUUGAAACUAUGUAUUUGAAUAUGAACUGUACAAAAUCCUGUACUUGUAGCUGUAUAUGAAGUGAAGCAUCGAUCAGUAAUUGAAUAAAUCCAGCAGGGGACGUGACUAGA